AUGACGCCAUCAAUCACCACGAUGCCUAUCGAAAUCUUGAGCCAAAUUUGCUUAAUGCUGGACGGACCAGGUCUGAAAAGUUUUCGGUUAACUAUGAAAUUCCUUGGGGAGGUGGGUUACGGAUACAUUUUCCGAAGAGUUCAUGCCCCCCUUGAACGAGAGCACCACAAACUCAUGGAUAUGCUCUCACCCAAAUCCCUUGAGCACACAGUUGAAUCUAUCAUCUUUUCAAAAAAACAGAACCAGGACGAAAGCCGGCCCACCUACGACCGACAAAGUCUAGAUGCAACCUCCGAAACGAAGCAAAUGGGCCUUCAAAGAUUGAUCAAUGGCCUCGGAAAUCUGAAAGAAGUCACCUUUCUAUAUGGGAAGCCUAUUUUAGAGCCCACCAAACUGUCACUGGGAUGCAGAGAUCCAGAGCGAAUCGAACUGGCAUCCACAGAGGGGGAUGGCGGCUUGCACUCGUCACGCGUGGAUGCCCCGAGGCUGUAUGAAGAUCUGGAGGGCUGGGUAGUGAGUUCCCUCCGCCCUGAAAGAUAUUAUGGCCACGAGGAAUUCAUGCUUGUUCACAACGCCCUCGCCACAUCAAAAGCAAAAAUUCAGCUCCUCAGUAUCAAAAAUCUAGGGUUCUCCUUCUUUAAUCCUUCCAUCAGUUUUGAAUACUGCAGCCUGUUGACACGUCUUGAGCUUUCUCUCGUGGAUGACAAUAAUAACAACUCAUUACUUCAGGAGGGCUUAAAGCCGAUUCUACAGACACUUGAAAAACUUCUUUACCUUCGAAUUUCUCUGACCACAGAGGGGGGUAUACCCUUUGAUUCAGUGUUAGAGAGUUCUUUUAUGUGGCCUCAUCUCAAGGCAUUAUGUCUUGGAGGAUUUCGUUCAGGAGAAGAGGACUUAAAAACAAUGAUGAAAGGCAAGAUCAUGUCUGAAGUCGAAGCUCUCUGCCUUAGCCAUAUUGAUCUCACCCCGAGUUGGGAAGAGGUAAUGGCAGUAACGGGUCGGGAGACCGCCCUUGAUCUCAUCAAAAAAAAAACCACUACAUAUCAUUUACAUAAUCUGCCAGACGUUUCGGGAGAGCUGUCCGAAGGCGAUUGUCCAUUUUGCGUCAGGUGGAUUGAGACCUAA